UCCUCCUCCCGCCGGCGUGCUGCUUCUCUCUGACACCACCACAGACUCUCCACCGAUUCACCUCCGGCUGCCUCAUCCAGGCAUGGCAGACGGCUUUACCCCAUCAUGGCAGUGCUACAUUACACCCUCGACUUCAAGCUCCGCGCGCCAGCUGAUGUCUCUGCGACUGUGCGUGGCCUGCAGUCUAUAUUUCAAGAGCAGGAAAUGACAGAGAAUGUCCACGACUCUGAGGGACACGGAUAUCUGGCCACCUUCAUCGGCAAGAAUAGCAGGUUUGCCAUCUUACGAAUGCACUCCCAUGGUCUGGUGACCUUUGACCUGCAGUGUCUUGAAGGAGACGAUGCAGCGCAAGUGGACAAUCUACUGAAUGCACUGGAGAAAAAAUUAAAGGCUCUUCUAGAUGGAAAUAUCCAAAGGAUCAAGAGACUCCCUGCGCUGAUUCGAGGCAGUGAUGUGGAUCGGUACUGGCCCACGGCUGACGGCAGGCUGAUGGAGUACGACAUUGAUGAAGUUGUGUAUGAAAAGGAUUCUGCCUACCAGAACAUCAAAAUCUUGCACUCGCGACAGUUUGGCAAUAUGCUCAUCCUUAACGGGGAUGUCAAUCUGGCAGAGAGUGAUCUGCCCUACACUCAGGCCAUUAUGGGCAGCGGCAAAGAGCACUAUGCUGGAAAGGAGGUACUUAUUCUGGGAGGAGGAGACGGUGGGAUUCUCCACGAAGCGGUGAAGCUCAAACCAAAGAUGAUCACCAUGGUUGAGAUUGAUGAACUGGUGAUUGAUGGAUGUCGGAAACACAUGAGGAAGACCUGUGGGAAUGUUUUAGAUAACUUGAAGGGAGAUUGUUACGAGAUUUUGGUGCAAGAUUGUGUUCCUGUACUGAAAAAGUUUGCAGAGCAAGGGAGGACAUUUGAUUAUGUCAUCAAUGACUUGACAGCAGUCCCUAUUUCCACAGCACCUGAGGAGGAUUCAACAUGGGAGUUCCUGAGACUCAUCCUUGACCUCUCGAUCAGAGUUUUGCGGCCAGGUGGGAAGUAUUUCACACAGGGUAAUUGUGUGAACCUGACUGAUGCGCUCAACGAAUAUGAAAAGCUUUUGGGGAGACUUUCAUGCAAAGUCGACUUUUCCAAAGAGGUGGUGUGUGUUCCCUCCUAUAUGGAGCUAUGGGUGUUUUACACCAUCUGGAAGAAGUAAUGUCUCUUCCUCCUGCCGCAAUGUGAAGACCCACUGAUGCACUGAGGGGAGACGUGCACAUAUCUCUCUGUUUCUGCUGUCCCUCCACGUCCACAAAUCAGCCUUCCCUUCGUUCGGCUCUUUGUAUUGUUGUGUUUGAAGUUUCCUGAGCUCUCGGUUUUGUUGGUCUGAUGUUGUUUUGCGUGGGCUCCUCCAGAGAGCGCUGUGGUGCCGUGUGUGAUGAUACUGAAGCCUGGAGGACGGCGAAGCAUCCAGACGCAUUUUCUGACUCCGGCCUUUGAGGAUUUGCUGUUAUGAUUCAGAUUUUACAUUGCUCUUUGUGUUUUAGUGUAGCUCCGCAGCUUUUUUUUUGCAUCAUAUUGUAACUGUGGCUUGAGAGUGAUUUGAUUUAUGGUGCUUCACAGGGAGUUCAUUGGCAGUGUUGCAUUCUGGAAGUUCACCGAAUAGUCUAUAAUUGAAGCCCCCAAAUAUGUCUUAAAAGGGAAAACAAAGUCCUUGCUGUGGCAAUUUUCAUUUUUGUUUUAUUUUUCGCUGAACUGUGAAUGUUAACUUCUUUUUAUAAUUAGGUCCAAAGUAGGUUUCCCUGCUUGAUGUUUUUGCAUAAUUUUUUUAUAUAUAUAUAAAUAUAAAGAAAGAAGGUUUUACUGAAUGUAGGCCACUUAGAUUCAUGCCUUUUAUUCAUUUUGUGGUGCUUCGUUGAUAUUAUUUAUUUGAUUUUAUUUCACCUUAUGCCAUUGAUCCUGCCCUGAAAAGUAACUCCUGUUAAUGAGAGUGAGAAUC